AGAGAAGAGACUUUUUACAUCUCAUCGUCUUCCCUUGGCCAUUUCUUUCAUGUACUGAUCUCUCUGAACUUGCAGAAAGAAAACCCUUAUUCAAAAGUUUAUAUUAUCUUUUUCUGAUUUUCUAGCUUUAGCCCUUUUUAUGAACUUUUUUUCUUGGUGGGGUCUUUGGAUUUUCUUGAUUUUGGGCCGAGUUCAGGUCAAUCAUAGCUGUGUCUCGAAGAAAUAAACGCAUUUUCUUUAUAUUUUCGUUCGAUAGAGAGUAUUGUCUCGAGUCUAUUAUUACCCCCACUUCUUGCUUCCCUCUUUACUACACAAACUGAUGCAUUAUUUACAGUCUUCCUAUUUCAAGAUUUAGUGGGUGCUUGUGCUUUCUUGCUACUAAAUAUUUAGGGGUAAUACAGAAAAACUUAGGACAAGAUGGCCGGAGGAGGUGGCGGAGCAAAAGCCGACGAACCGGCGCCACACCCACCGAAAGAUCAGCUUCCAAAUGUUUCCUAUUGCAUUACCAGUCCACCCCCAUGGCCUGAGGCCAUACUACUUGGAUUUCAGCAUUAUUUAGUAAUGCUCGGGACAACAGUUAUCAUUCCCACAGCUCUUGUUCCUCAAAUGGGAGGUGGCGAUGAGGAUAAAGCAAAAGUCAUCCAAACUAUGCUUUUUGUAGCGGGGUUGAACACGUUGCUGCAAAGUCUUUUUGGGACCCGGUUGCCUGCUGUGAUUGGGGGUUCAUAUACUUUUGUUGCACCCACAAUCUCCAUAAUAUUAUCGGGUCGUUGGAGCGAUCAAGAUCCUGAACUGAGAUUCAAGAAAACAAUGCGUGCAAUCCAGGGUGCUAUGAUCAUUGCUUCCACACUUCAAAUCGUGCUAGGUUUCAGCGGUCUUUGGCGAAAUAUUUGUAGGUUCUUGAGUCCACUUUCUGUUGUUCCAUUGGUUGCUCUUGCUGGUUUUGGGCUGUAUGAAUUUGGAUUCCCUGGGGUUGCAAGAUGCGUUGAAAUAGGGCUUCCUCAGCUCAUAUUUCUGAUCAUUGUCUCUCAGUAUUUACCGCAUCUGAUACAUUCUGGAAAGAACAUCUUUGAUCGCUUUGGUGUUCUGAUUUCGGUUGCAAUUGUUUGGAUUUAUGCUCACCUACUCACGGUUGGUGGGGCCUACAACCAUACUGCUCCUAGGACCCAAUCAAACUGUCGGACUGAUCGUUCUGGACUCAUCGAUGCUGCUCCCUGGAUAAGAGUUCCGUAUCCCUUUCAAUGGGGUGCACCCUCUUUUGAUGCUGGUGAAGCCUUUGCUAUGAUGAUGGCUGCUUUUGUUACUCUUGUGGAGUCAACUGGUGGGUUCAUUGCUGUAUCAAGGUAUGCAAGUGCAACUCACAUGCCUCCAUCUAUUCUAAGUCGUGGUGUCGGUUGGCAGGGAGUUGGCAUUUUGUUGUCUGGCGUGUUUGGAACAGUAAACGGAUCUUCAGUAUCUAUUGAGAAUGCUGGCCUUUUGGCAUUGACACGUGUGGGUAGUCGAAGAGUGGUGCAAAUCUCAGCUGGCUUCAUGAUCUUCUUUUCGAUUCUUGGGAAAUUUGGAGCUGUUUUUGCCUCAAUUCCAGCACCCAUCGUUGCUGCUCUAUAUUGCCUUUUCUUUGCUUACGUGGGUUCCGCUGGUCUGAGUUACCUUCAAUUCUGCAACCUCAACAGUUUCAGAACAAAAUUCAUUCUUGGAUUUUCCUUCUUUCUGGGUUUGUCUAUUCCCCAAUACUUCAAUGAAUACGAAGCUAUUAAUGGUUAUGGCCCUGUCCACACAUCUGCAAGAUGGUUCAACAACAUGGUGAAUGUUCCUUUCUCAUCUGAAGCCUUUGUGGCGGGUAUUUUGGCGUAUUUUUUGGAUAACACGCUUCACAGAAAAGAUGGUUCCAUAAGGAAAGACCGUGGGAAACAUUGGUGGGACAAGUUUCAUUCUUUCAAAACGGAUUCAAGAAGUGAAGAGUUUUAUGCAUUGCCUUUUAAUCUUAACAAAUACUUUCCAUCUGUGUGAAUUUUAAAAGAGGUAGGAGGAGAAAUCUAAAGGGUAUUUUGGUGAUGUUAUUUUAGUUAAAUAUGGAACUAAUUCUAAAGUAGUAUGAGUUUGAUCCAAUCCGCGAAUGAUUCUUAGAACAUUCGUUAAUUGAUUUUGUUUUUUUUUGGUAUUGUAAAUUUGACUGGUAAUUUGGAUGUUAAAGAGGAAGGAUUGGUUUGACUA